AAAAAAAAAAUAGCAGAGUACCAUCAGCUAAGUAAUAUCAUGGGCUCAGUUGUUAUCCCUAUCCCAGAUGGAGAUCAGGGAUUUACUCAUGAUCUCAAACAGGAAAAGAAAUUCCAAGUUUCUCUAAGUCCUGUUAUUUCUUUUGUCCAGAAAAAUAGGGAUACCAUAAGAAAAGCUAUCCACGCUAUCAAAGUUGGAAUUGCUCUGGUUUUGGUUUCUCUUGUCUACUUCGUUGACACUCUCUAUGAAGAAGUUGGAGACGAUAAUGCGAUGUGGGCUAUAAUGACUGUUGUGGUCAUCUUUGAGUUCCAUGCAGGAGCUACCCUUAGCAAGGGCUUGAGUCGUGGAAUUGGGACUGUUUUAGGAGGCGGAUUGGGAUAUUUAGCAGCCGUUUUAGGUCAGCAAGUUGGUGGUAUCGGCAACCCUUUUGUCGUGGGUGUUUCUGUCUUUAUUUUUGGUGGGGCAGCAACAUACGCUAGACUGAAUCCAAACAUUAAGAAGAGAUAUGACUAUGGAGUGAUGAUAUUCAUCCUCACAUUCAAUCUGGUUUCAGUAUCCGGUUUACGUGAAGAGAAUGUCAUUGAAAUAGCCCGCGAACGUCUCGUGAUGAUUGUUUUGGGCUUCGCCAUCUGCAUUUGCACAAGCUUGUUUGUGUUUCCCAUGUGGGCUAGCGAUGAGCUUCAUGAUUCUAUGGUGUCCAAAUUUGAAGGCCUUGCAAGCUCCAUAGAAGGCUGCAUAGAAGAGUAUUUCAGGUUAGUCAAUGAAAAGGAAAACCAGUCAGUUCAGCCGACUGCUAGUUUCAGGGACUGCAUAUCAGUGCUAAACUCCAAGGCAAAGGAUGAAUCCUUGGUAUAUUUUGCGAAAUGGGAGCCGUGGCAUGGCAGAUUUAGGCUAUCCCACCCUUGGGAGAAAUACCAAAAGAUUGGAGAGGUUCUUAGAGAAUUGGCUGCGAUCAUUCUUUCACUUAAGGGUUCUCUUAAUUCUCCCGAAGAGCCAUUGCAAGCUUUGAGAGAGUCAAUAAAAGAACCUUGUGAAGCAGCUGGGUCAGCACUUGCUUGGACUCUGAGAGAGUUUGGAGAGAGCAUCAUGAAAAUGAGAAGGUGCCAGCCAGGGGUUUUCAUAGUACCUAAGUUAAAAUUAGUGAGACAAGAGCUUAGUCAGGUCAUGUGUCCUUUCAAUUUAGGGAAACUUGAUAAUGCUGAGGGAUUUGCAGUAGCAAGCUUUGUGUUCACACUAAUGGGGGUGGUGGAGAAGCUGGAAGAUUUAUCCAAGGAGGUGGAAGAGCUUGGAGAACUUGCUGGUUUUCAAGGCUAAAGUUCUAAAUUAUGCACAACUAUUCGCCAAUUUUUGGCUUGGCUGAGAAACUAUUCAGAGAAAGGCACGCACUGAUCACUGCUUGGCAAUGUCAGCGGAGCGCAUAUAUGUUGUUUUAACCUGUAAAUUUACUGAUAAAUAUUAUGGAAAUAUUAAUAGCUAUGGUAAUGUUAUAUUA